AUGCGUCCCUGCAUCAUCACCAUCCUUUCUUUCGCUCUGGCCGUCUCCAUUGCUGCUGUGCCUCUUACCAUGUCCACUCCUGUCACGAUUACUGGCAUAAUGACAGCUACCAUGGGCCUUAUAGGUCCUAGCGAGGUGCCGAACCCUGGUCCGAUGAAGCCUCUCGUCCCCUUCCCUCGCCGCUCCGACAGUCUGCAGCGCCGCCAAAUUCGUAUUGCCAACCACGACAUUGGUCCGAACGUGACGCAGCAAAACCCGGUCUCUGCACUCGAAGAUCCCUCCCUGUUGUCGAAGCGCGAACCAUUGGAGAUGGUGGAUCAUCCUGCGACGGUGGAGAAACAGGUGGCUGACAGCGCCCCGGACGCAGAUAGCGCUUCCGGUGUCCUCGGGCGUCGCCAAAUCCGCGUCUCCAACCAAGACAUCGGUCCGAACGUGACGCAGCAGAACCCCGUCUCUGCUUUGAAAGAUCCCUCUCUACUGUCGAAACGCUCCUUGACAGGCAUGGUUACGCCUGAGGAAGCUGCGCGGAGGGGGCCCGAGUCGGGGGAUAGCGCACCCAGCUCGGGCAGCGCUCCUCAGAACCCCGGCAUCUCGUCAGGCACGAAGGCCGUCUCGUCGAGCCUGCAGACGUUGGGCGCAGCCCGCACCAACUCCUCUGCCGUGUCCCACUCAGUGCUCGGCGAGGUGUUCGGCUCUGAUGCCGAAGGCACUUCCUCGCCCAACGUGUUGCACAACGCCGUGACGAACUUGCGCAGGGACGGCAAGCCCGCACACCCCCGCGUCGGGCUAGUAGUCGUGCACAACCAGCCCGGGAAGCGCCAUACAUUUGUGCUCGACACCGACGCCCUCCUCCCGCCCCCACCGGACCCCACUUCCUCUCUGAGUGUGCAGCCGACCCCGAUCCAGGCAUAUCAGAAUGUGGGCUUGAUCGACAUCGACAGCAACCGCCCGCCGCCCGUGAUCCCUGACGUCUCUGCCCUCCCGAAGAACUUUACCAUGGUGAACGGCACGUCGAAUCUGGCUCAUGCGGAUACCCAGACUCCGGUGAAGAACGUGACUAACGUUGCGCACGCCUGA